AUGAGUGCACAGUCAACCGGAGCAGCACUGUCUUCAUGCAUUUUUGAGGAUCGGUGGCAGGACGCGAUUCAACUCCUGGAGUGCUUCCAUGCUUUGGACAUUGAAGCAGGCACCAUUUCGCUCAAUUCCGCCAUGAGCAUUUGCAAGCAUCCAGGAGGAUGGCAAACUGCAAACCACCUCGUCAGCAGCAUCUAUGCCCGAAGCCUUGAGGCAUCGUCCAUCACGUAUAACACUUGCAUGAGCGCAUGCUCCGAAGGUGGUCAUUGGCAAACUUCCUGUGUUCUUUUCAGCCGGAUGCGGGACAGACAUCUCCCAGGAACUGUGGUCUCUUACGGCGCCUUACUGGAAGCUAAGAGUCCUUCUUGCUGGCGACAUGUGUUGGCUUUGUUUUUGCAACUCGGAACAUCAGGUUUAGAAUCCAACAUAGUCACCUCCGCUGCUGUGAUCAGUGGUGAGAUCAAGGGCCAGUGGCAGCGUGCAUGUGCAUUGCUUAUGGCAUGCACCACACGACAAAUCCGAAUCAACUUGACGGCCUUCAAUGCCGUCAUCAGCGCCUGCGAGAAGGAACGUCGAUGGGAAGCAGCACUGCAUCUCUUGGAAGAGCUGCAACUCGAGCGGAUCCGAGCGGACAUCAUCUCGUUCAACGCAGUAAUCAGUGCUUGCAACGCAGGCGGGAUGUGGCAGCAGGCGCUUGCCUUGCUUGUGCGUCUGGAUGCCCUCAUGAUGCGCGCCGACGCUGGGCUGGCUAUCUUUGAGGUUGCCGACAGGUGUUCUUCAUUCGGAUUGCCCUUCUCGACAUGUUCGAAUCGAAACACCAGCCACCUAUCCCUGUGGCUGAUGGCAUUGAUUUCAGGCCCAACAUGGGCCACUGUGACGCAGAUGCCAUGCUCGCCUCCAGACCAUGAUCGGAUUACGUACAAUGCCGCCAUCAGCGCUUGCGAGAAGAGCCAGGAAUGGCAGCAAGCAUUGGUUCUUCUUGGGCAAGCGGAGCGGCAGAGAAUGCAGCUGGGCAUCAUAACCUACAACGCUGCCAUCAGCGCUUGCGAUAGAGGUGGGCAAUGGGAGCUGGCGCUGCAUUUACUCAACGAGGCUGUCUGCAAACGAUUGAGACCGCAGCUUACGAGCUACAACGCGGCAGCCAGCGCCUGCGCCAAGGAGCUGCGGUGGUACGAGGCAGUGAUUCUUCUGGGCCAGCUGAACGAAGCCGGGAUGGAAGAUGCUCGGGCAUGGAUUGGGUGGGGUCGAAGUUUUCAGAAAUUCGAUGCACAGGCAUCUGGACUGUUUGCCCUGAAGCCCCUCAUAUUGAAACUUCCGCGCUUGGCAACCUACCUCGCCUCCAUGGAUGCUUCGGAGAUCAGCUUCAUGCUCGGACUCCUCUCUGAGGAGUAUAAGAAGAACUUUGAGAUUGUCUCCUCGCUCGAGACAGAGCAGCCGAUGCUGAAGCUCAGCUACCUCUCAGACUUUCGCCACCCCAUCGUGGCGAAAGCUGCGCCGGAGUGGGUUGCAGACCUGUUCGCAGCCGUGCAUGAGGAGAUGCCUCCCACACCGUCGGGCAGCACCACCUUGCUGUCUUGCAACAUGUCCUUCAACGAGUCGCUGGCCACGCGCUUCUUCGACUUGAUGGGAGAGGAGGCGGAGAGGGCACCUCGACUGGCACGGCGGAGGUGGCAAAAUCGCUUGCAGCGACAAUUUCUCACGUGCUCCACAGAUGAAUUUCGCGGAGUAAACCCUUUGACCAAGAGUAUUGCCCUCCUCGGACCCGUCGUGAGAUGA